AUGGAAGUCCUUCUUGGUUUAUUGCCUGGGUCGAUACAAUUUGCACCUCUUGCUGGUCGAAUUUUAUUCAAAAACUUAAAAUAUUAUUCUACAAAUCAAUCCUUUUCCGUUUUGAAGGGAUAUAUAACCUGUCGGUAUUGGUUAUGGUCCGUUCGAGAGGAAUAUAAAAUUCAAGAAAACAUCGAUGUACCAGAACAUCCAUGUCGAAUAAAGUGUCAUGUCGAUGGUGUGGAAUGGUUUGCCUAUAAUAGGACUUCUGCAUACGAUAUUCUUGACAGUGUUCUGUCGCAAAUACAUAAUACUAACCCUUCAACAGAGUUUCCCGACUCUUCUAGCAUAAUAAAUAAUGAAGUAGAUGAAAUUGCUAUCAACUUCGAUGGAAAUGAUGCAAAUGAUGCAAACAAUCCUAGUGAUUCUUUCUUUCUAAAAUUAUUACCAAUUCAGAUGGACUGUGUAAAUGGGGCUUUUAUAUUUGGCAAUGUAAUGACUUCUUCACUCCUUGUCACAAAAUUUUCUCAAGCUAGUGGAAUUUAUGGUGCUGUAAAGUCAAGGUCAAGAUUUGAUCAUUAUAAAUCAAUUAUAAAUAUGAAUUUCCGAGAACCACAAAUUCUCCUAAAAUCGAAUCCGGAUUAUAAAGAAACUUGUUUGGAUAAAGGUGCACGCUUAAAAGAUGAAAAUGUUCUAAUAGAGCCUGUAAAUAAGAGUAGAUGUUCAAUAAUACACAAGCUUUUAGAUUUCAUUCCAUUUUUGAAAAAUUCUCGCUCAGUUAAUCCUACAGAAUGGCAUGGACUUCCUAGAUAUCCUUAUGUACCAUAUAAUAAAGGCAUUUUAGAUGAUGAAUAUGCAAAAGUAUCAACAGUGCUAGAUUGUCUUUUGAUGGAAAUGACUUAUUAUUCUGAUAUUGCUGGUAGGGUUCCUCAAAUAUCAUUACCAAACACAGAUGAUAUAGAUAUUGGUAAUGGUGAUUUAUCUCCAGAGUGGGGUGUAGAUCUUGCUUUUCAACGGGCACAAAUUAAUUACGGUCCAUGGGCUGAUAGACAAAGGACCAUUCUUCAGAAUUUUUUUUUUCCACCGUUAUAUCGAAAUUCAGAGCCAACAAGAAAACUUUCACCUGGACAAACUAGAUUGCAUACUUCUUUUAAAGUUUUGGUUCAGUUUAUUGAUCCAGUAACACUUAGGGUUCCUUUAAGAGAAACUUCAAAGGACUGGAAGUAUUCUCAGAAUGACAACCAAGAAGAAUUUCAGGUACCUGGUAGUCAGAGACAAUAUGGAUGGUUAGAAGUUAAUGCCAAUGGUGAAGCUACUAUUAAUAUGACAAUGCCUAUGGUGAUGAGUGACAAAGGAUACACAAAUAAUCUAGUGAUUCAUCUUGAGGAUGUUGACAUGCAAACAAGCGUCAAUGACUCCCGAUUUAUAAAAGCUGUGAAGUGUGAGAUAAAAUGUAAUUUACCAAAUCCACUAGUCUGGAACAAAGAUCGUACAUGGGAAUUUGAUAUUUAUUUUAUGGAGCCAGAAAUUUUCCUCCUUAGAGAUCACAUUACUUUAUUUCAGGAUUUGAGUAAGGAUUGGACGUCCGGGCCUUCACCAGACAAACUACAUUUUAUUCCCAUUAAGUAUAAGUUUAAUUCUCGGUUUACAAAUUUUAAGUUGUACCUUUAUGUAAAUGAGCAUAAUAUUAUAAAUGAUCCAAUGGACAUAGGCGAAAAUAUGUCCAACAUUGUUGCACCAUUUUUAAGUUUUAAUCAGGAGAUAACAAAAAUUUUAUUUGAUGUGGAUGUGAGUUAUUUAUUAACUUUAAUCUAUUACAAUCGAACCUCUACAGUCAUGCCCUCAAUAACAAAUGGAAGAAUUGUUAUGUCUCCACAAGUAUCUCAAACACUGGGGACUUUUCUUACUGAAUACAGUAAAGACUUUUUCCAGGUUAAUAGUUUUAGUGUGGAUGGGAAUUUCCAAUAUUACAGCUUUGUUCAUCCCAAUCAUGUAGAAUCAUUGUCUAUGACUAUGAAGGGAAAGGAGGCCAAUUUGAAAUUAUUUGGUUUUGUUGUUCGUUAUUUUAUAAUCUUGCAAAUGAAUUAUGCAGGAAAUUAUAUAAAUUUUUGUGAAUUGAAGGAAUAUGUUGCUUUGCAUGAUCCAAAAAAUGCGACUGGUACAAUUAGACGUCCAGCGCAAGGUACAAAGCAUCCCGCAGAUCCUUAUGAAAUUUAUUUGACAUUUAUCAUUGAAGAUGGUACUUUAGUGCUUCCUGAAAAUUUGUAUAAUGCUGAUGAACCGUCUUCAAGAAUUCAUUUUCAUGAAUUGCAGUUUGAAUUAAGAAAUUUGGAUGUAUAUAUGGAUAUGGAUUUAACUAUAAGUCCAUUAACUUGGACACUUGGUUCUGAGCCUAAUAUGAAAACUACAUAUAAGUCACGGUUGCAAAAAGAAUCUACUAAUUAUUUAUUCAUUGAUGACUUUAAUGUAUAUGCACAUCGUUUGUUUGGCCCUUUACCCAAAACUGCAACCUAUGUUUGUAAUUGGGAAAUAAAUAUUGGAACCAUAUCUGGGCAGUUGAAACCGUCAUUUUUGCUGAGUACUACUUCUUUUGGGAAGGCGUUUUCAUACCAUUAUGUGGAUGAUGAAAACGCCUUACCUCCAGAUUUUCUGAAUCCUCUUGAUGCAGAUGUAACAUUUUUAAAUUUAAAUAUUAAAGAAGUUGAUAUAUCUAUUUGGGGUGGAGAUAGUGUUUCCCAGAUUCUUCUUAAAGAAGGUUUAUGUGUCAAAUUUGAUGACCUUGCCAAUGAAAAGUUUACUCAAAGAGUAUUGAUUGACCUACCUGAUUUAGUGGUUAGAAGCUUAGCGAUGUCUGCUUCUGAUUUAAACAGCGUAUAUCAUAUUAAGGAUGCUGAAAGUCAUCCUUUCGUGGAGGUCGCAAGUUUUGAAUGUGCGUUUAGUGUAUCUUUAUAUCGUACAAUGUUAGAUUGGAGACGGAGAUUAGCAAGUCAACAGGCGCAUUUGAAAGAACAAGAUAAGGAAACUUUGAGAAUUCCGUUUCUUUAUGGAUACGAAAAUGAUGAUCAAAGUUCAUUAGAAUCUAAUGGCUAUCAUUUUGGCACCCUUUAUGUUCCACCAAUGCCAACGCCGUUGCAUGAUGAUGAGGAUACUUAUUCUAUAUUAAAAAAUGAAAGUGCAAAUUCUUCAAUGAUUGACCUUUCUGCAGGUCAAAACAGAAAACAUAUUACGAAUAUGUUAAUAUUUGACCACCACGGCAAUGACGACGAAUAUGAUAUGUGGCUACGAACAGACGAUGAUAGUGUAUCUAUAAUUACUGGGUCAGGCGUUAGUGUAUCAAACGCAUCGUUUGUUACUGCAUCAGAUGGUGACGAAAAUGAGAGCCUUAAUGAUAGUGAUAGCGAUAACACAACCAUUGGUCAUAAUACACCAGUCAUUAUUGAUGGAGAUUCAGAUAGUGACUACUAUGUGAACAAAACAGAACUGUCUCCCGACGAAAACCGCUAUUCGAUGUCCCCACCGGUUGCCAAAUCUAUUCCAUAUGGAAGUUAUUUAAGACGAUAUAAACAGUCUUCAUUAAAAUCUUCUGCAGUUCCAUUCCAUAGUUCAUUUCUUCAACCAACUCGUGUGUCAUUCACACCUGCAAGAGAUGAGGGGUCACUUUCUCCUGACGAAAAAACUCCAAGUCACAAAUCAUCGCCCUUUUCAAAAUUAAUGAACGAAAGCAUUAUUACAUCAUCUGAUGAUAUAGUUCCAGAUCAGUCACAAACUAAUCAAGAUGAAGCUGAAGAAAAAAUGACAAUUAUCUUUGAGACUACUAAAACUGUAAAAGUGUUAUUAACUCCAAUUUUCUUGAAAAUUGUAGAAGAGUUUCUGGAAGCAAUUAAAAAAGAGGUUUGGAAUAUGGAUGCUAUGUUUGAUAAAAUGCAAAUGGAUUAUGUAGGAGAACUCACAAAAUCGUUUCCCUUCAAAUUUUCGACCACUAGUUUUGGUUUAUCUGUUUAUAAAGUUCAUCUACACUUUAUACAAGAUGUAAUGCUUCCGGAUGAUUUAACAAAUGUAAAUGAUGAAUAUCCUAGUAUCAGAGCAAGAUAUGAUUUGACUAACACUACAUUAUGCGCUGCAGCAGAUCUUGUCAUAGAUAAGAUUUUAAUGAACGGUCUUAUAAAAUUUCAAAAUAAAAAUUUUGACAGUAAAGAAAAAUUAAAAAGUUUUGAACAACCUUUAAAACUUGUCGAAUCUGACGCUAAUUUGGAUUUUAAUUCAGUAAGAUUAAACGUACGUUUUGUUACCGGGUCAAAUUCCAUUGGUAUUUUUGGAAUUCCUGAGAAUAUACAUCAAUUCAAAGAACCUGGAUUUAUUUCAUCUGAACAGUUAAAUAAUAAUCCUGUAGUUUUAAAUAUUUCGUUAGAAAAACUUAAAUUAAAAUGGACCGGUUGCAUGAAAUCUAAUAGUUUUUCGUUUGAUUUGGAGAAUGUUUUUAGUUGUUUUAUUAAUCAAUCACCUGAAAUUUUGACCGGGGCAAUAUACUGGUGGUUUGUAUUUGCUGAGGAUCUUUCAAACUUAUUGAAGAAAUUCGAGUCACACCGAAUUCGGCAAACGCAAAUAUUAGUUCAUGAAAUUGCAAAAUACUCUAAAGAAGUAACUAGUGAUCCACAAUACUUAGCAACACCUUCUCACGUGCUUCGAUUAAGUGCGAAAAAUUUAAAAAAUGAUGAUGGAUGGAAAAUACUUGGUCGUCUCAGAUAUGUUAAGAAGCAAAUGCAAUUAGAUCAACUUGAAAGAUUACAAGGAAUUUUGAAUUCUUCUGAUUAUCCAUUUAUAAAUCAAAAUUAUAUGUAUGAACAGGUGGUACAUGUUUUCUCACAGUGGAGGCAGUGGGAAAUGGAUAAUGUUUCAACUUGCCGACUUUUUACAGAUCUUUUUCAGCAACCAAUAAAGGAUUCAAGUUCAUUGAAUGACUCUGUUGAAACUAUUAUACAAUUAGUGAAGGCUUCAUUUAACCGUGUCAAAUUAAGAAUUGGAAAUGUUGCAGUGUCAGUAUGGGAAUCACAACGUGAAAAUUCUAUAGUAUUGGGGCCCAUAGCACUCGAUUGUGAAACAACAUACCAUGAAGAUAGUUUCUCAACUUUUGAUGUUAUCCGAUCAAACACAGAACCUGGAUCAUUUAGCACAACUUCAGGGCCAUCACAAAUUUCAAAUUCAAUAUUUGCUGGAGAUUUGAAUAUUAUUCUUAGAUUUGGUGUGGAAAAAAUUGGUAUAGAUGUGAAUCCGGAUAUGCUUGCUUUUGCAAAACAUUGGCUCAAGGUGCAUCGAACCUUCAGACCCAAAUUUGAAUAUUUGUCAAGUAAAGAUCAACAGUCAACUUCUACUGAAGGUAUCGCUUCUUCAUCAAAUGUUCAUAAACAUAAGUCAACUGGAUCUGUUGCAAGUAUGAACGAAAUAAAGCUUGCCAAGCUUAACGAUGGAAAACCAAAAGAUACACUUCAAGUUAAAGAUUUACUAUCACGACUAAAUAUCUAUGUUCAAGGGAUAAUGAUUAUUAGGAACAUUGCAAUAACAGCUUCUGCCCAAAAAUUAAUCGCACAGACUCAAUUAUCCAAUAUUAGCAUUUCAAUUUGGCUACAUAAUCCAAAAGCUUUGAAUCCCGCUGAAAAGUUAGAAUUGGAAAGUGUGUCAGUUAACAAAAGCACCGCACAUCCGGGAUCGAAAGCAAGCGGUGGUAAAGGUUCAAAAAGUUUGAUAUUUUCAGUUGUUGGGGGAAUCAAAAGUAUUUCAAUCAAUAUUAUAGAAAAGGCAUCCAGUUCUUCUGGUUCAAACACUUUAUUAUCUAUUGAAUUUACGCGUCUAAAUUCUAGUAUAGCUCUCAGCUCCCCAACUCUUGGUCGUCUAAAGAGUAAAAUUGAUGGAGAAUUACUUAAAGUGCUAAACAUUUUUUUGACGUUGCAAUCUAUUUCUAUCAAAUUACCACAAAGUCUUCUCAAAUUAUAUCACUUUGUUGAAGAAUGGAGGGAGGAAAAUUUACCUAGUUAUGACUUUUUAUAUAAAAACUUAAAAGAUGAAUUUGAAGAACAACGAAAAGCACUUAGGCCCCUAACGCCGCACAACAUUCGUUUUGCUGAAAAGAAUAAUAAAAAAAGUAUUUUUGAUAUUAAAUUUCAAUUUUUGCUGAAAAAGGUUCUUUUACAAACUCAUCUGCUUCCAUCUUUGCGUUUUCAUUAUGAUGCAUGGGAUUUUCUCAUGAUUUUGGAACAGAAAAAUUCACCAUUUGGUGGAAACUUGAUAAAAUAUUUUGGUCAAUUGACAAAACAAGAGAUUCACUUUGAACAAAAUGAUCAAUUACAAAAAGGUAUAUUCACUAUACCGGCUAUAAGAGCAACUGGAAAAAUAAAACCGGUUGAACCUAAUAAAACCACUAGCAUAAUUAUCAAAAAGAACACUAGUCCUGUUGGAUCUAUGUCUAAUAUUUCGUUAGGGCCCACAUCGAACAUUACCCCAAAACAUUUAAAGUUGGAAUCAACAGUUACUUUAGAUUUUGUACAAUUAAGUUUAAACGUGAAUAUAAUUGAUAAUUUAUUAACAGCACAAUCACUUCUUGGAAAUGAGUUUAAUGAUGUUUUGGAUGUCUUUGUUUUUUCGUCAAAAAAACUAAAGGCACGUGAGGUUGCCUCCAAGGACACGAAUUCCUCUUCAGCACAAAUAGACCCACAUAAACAAGACAAAUUAUACUAUAAUCUCAAAAUAUCUCUUCGAGGCUUAAGGAUAUCAGCCGAGAGUCCUACUGCAGUUGGAUUGUUUGAAACAAACAUUCUAAAUGGACAUAUUACUAAUAUAUCUAUGUCUGAAGAUAUCAAAUCAACGAAGAUUGAAUGGUUUUUCUCAGCGCAAAAAUUCUCUCUUUCUCUUAAUCAUAAUACUGGAAUUGGAGGACAAUCAACUACAGAUGAUGAUAUUAGGAAAUAUCGGAUAGCAUAUAUUAUAAUUGAUUUGACAUUACAAAAUUCUAAAGGUAAACAACUACAGCAAAACUUAUCAUUAGAAGACUCUAUGGAUGUUACAGAGUCAUAUUUUCUAAAAUUAACCAAAGCUCAUGCUGUAAUGCAACCUAUUGCAUUGGGUCGUCUUAUGGACGUAUAUGCAUAUUACAGUGGAGAAUUAGAACGUAGAAAGGAACUGAAAUCGUCAGAAAUUAAUAAAUUGGCUGAAAGUACACGAAAACUGUGGAAGUCAUUCAAUAUAGAAAUGCCAAAAUAUAAAUCAAAGAGUAAAACUUUAUUAAAUGAGAAAGUGUUAUCACUUGAAAUUAUGAAAUUUGCAGUAGCACUUCCAUUAGAUUUAAGUGAGAAUGUUAUUUCUACAACAAUGAACAAUUAUUCAGGUGAAUCAUCACAAGUAUCAGCAUUUAUCUUUUCCGCAUCUUCGAUGAAUUUCAUAACAAGAAAGUGGAAAUCUAAUCAUGCAACACUUAAAGACCUGUGCUUUCAAUUUGUAACUGAAUUUGAUCAAAGAAAGGAAGAACUCUCUCCUUCUUAUUUCCAUUCUAAAAUGAAUCAAGUUCAUCUUCCAGAAAUUUCUUGUGAAGGAUAUAGUUCUGGCACUAUGUACAAGAAAAAAUUUGACAUUCAGUCCCGGGUCGAAGGGUUUGAAAUAGACAUUGGAAGCAAUAUUGUUAAACAUAUAAAUUGCCUUGGUGAAAUUUACGCUGCAAGCCGAGAACGAUUAGAAACAUUUGCGGCAGAAGCAAAUUUGAAUUCGGGAUCUGAGCAAAAGUCCGUAAGUGUUGAUAAUGAUAACAAUUUAUCAAAGGAUACAGAUGUGAUUGAUUUGGAAUUUGAGGUCGCAUUUACUGCCAAGAGUGGUACAAUAAACUUAUAUCCGAAAAGUUAUUUUUCCAAAAAUCACAGUAGAAAACCUACUGGAAACAAAUUAUCCGAUAAGUCAAGGUCAUCUAGGGAGUCUCGUGGAAGCAUUGUUUCGCUUCCAAGGUUAAAUAUAGAUUCUAUUAGUCUUGAUGAUGUAACAAAACAUGAACAUGGAAUAGAUACUAUUAUUAUCCCUGGUCUCAGCAUAAAUACGUUAUAUAGAACAUUCUUAAGUGAAAAUAUAAUUCAUUUUAACGAAAAUAAUUCUUUAACAAGACGUUUGCAUGUUGAGCUUGUAAUUCAUCCAAGUUCAAAUAUAUUAUUUCCAUCCUUGGUGCCAUUUUUCAAGGACAUUAUUGACGGUCUCAAAAUAGGAGUUCAGCAAUCUAGUGAUAAAAAAGCUAUUGCUGUUAAAGAAAGUGCAUCACCAAUUCAGGGUAUAAACAUAACAUUUCAUUUCAGACUGUUACAUACCACUUUUGAGUUAAGUUGUAAACCUAUAUCCAAAGUUUAUUGCUGCUUUAAUUGGGAAGAAGGAAACUUUCUUAUAUCCUCAAACAGUGCAGAAGAAGGUAGUCAGAGUGUUACAUGUGUUGGUAAAAUAAGUGGUGCUUCAGGAAAUAUUCGACAUGCUUUCUCACCUGAAGACUGUGUGAAAGCCGAAAUAAAAGAUAUAUCAUUUAAUGCAACAAUGAUGAGCAGGCGAAGUGAGAGUGUUUCUGAUGACUCUAUAUCAAUUAUUGUGGAACUUCCUCAAAUUACCGCAGAUUUAAACAUUCGUUAUUUGCAGGAUCUGUUAGUUCUUAAGAUUAUAUGGUUAGAUCAAGCAGCAAAAUUAUACGAAGGAAUUCCCCAAAAUUCACAACAAUUAUCCCAACAUAUUAGUGGGGAUUUAAUAAAUACUAAAAGGCAGCUUUCACCUUCACCAUCUCAAGAAGAAGAACCAAAAGUUAAGCCAUAUUCAUUUUAUGCAUUUGUAAAAUUGGAUAGGCUGGAUUUAUCCAGUGAUCUAGGUCAAGCAAUCGGGAAGGUUUUGUUCAAUACUCAAAAUAUUCAAGUUCGUACAAAGAAUAUACCAGGAGUUCAAAAAAGACUUGCCGCAUCCACAGACGUUCUUAAUAUUAAAUGCGAAGGGCGUCUUAUUGGGUCAGCAAGCAUUGCAGGACUUGGAUUUUCCACAGUGCUUGGAGUACCACCACAUUCAGAAGGAGAUAGUCAAACUUGCGUAACAAAUUUGGUAUUUAAAUCUGAGAGAAUUCAAUCAACAUUUGAAUAUGAAUUUCAAAAAAUCAUAGUUCUUGAUGUAGACCCGAUGCAAUUCAAACUUACAGAUAGUUGGGAAAUUGUAUCACCGGAAAAUGCAUCCGUAUUAGUACACGCAGAUAUAUCACUACGACAAAUUCAAGCAAUUGCUACCAUAAAAACAAUACCUACAAUUCUUCACAUGAUUAACAAACUUUUAGCAUUAAUUGAAGAAAAGAUAUCAUCUGCUUCUAGUGCAAUUUUAGAUUCUAAAUUUAAUAGUUCAAAUAACUCAAAUAUUGAUACUUCACCACAUGGAACGGGUUCUGAUAAAUUAUCAUGCGAAAAAACUGAUAUAAUAACGACAUUUAAAGAGGUAUUAGUUGGAGGGGUGACAGUUCAUCCGAUUGGAAAAAUUACAAUUGCGAUGGAUAAAGCAUAUUUUACAUUAUAUCCAAAUAACUUUUACGAUUUAGAUUGUUUACAAACGAAAUUUGAUGGACUUUUUUUGGAUAUGAAUAAGUCUAUUAAAGAUGAAACAGUUCAUCGAGAACUUAAUGUUCGUCUCAAUGGUAUUGCAUUAUUAAAAAGUUUGUGCAAGAAGCUCAAACUCAAGGAUGAUAAUGAACUUACGCUUCAGAAAUGGUUUGAGCAUGUUGAGACAGCAUCUUCUAAGAAUAUAUUUACUCUUCCUAAUACAAAUUUAAUAAUGAACACUACACAAAAGAUGGGAAGUAACAUAGUUGAUCAUAAAUUUGAAAUACAUUUUGGAGGAAAAGUUGAUGUUGCGUUAAAUUUCGGAUUAAUUAGAUAUAUUCAAGAAUUGUCAGCUUUAUAUAAAGAACAAAUGAGAAAGAAUAGUACUGAUGUUCCAAAGUCACCUAACACACCUGGUACGUCAUCUAACACAGGAAAUCAGUUGCAAUCACCAAUAAUAAUGCAUACAGCACCGACUACAGAACUACCAUUGUCGGAUAACGAAGAUUUAAAAGAAGCUAAGGAUAAGGAUAUAAUAUAUAAUCCAAUAGAAGCAGUAAAAUUAGAGCCGCAAUUACGUUAUCUAGGAGAUGCUACGCCACCUUUGGAAUGGGUCGGUGUGCAAAGAGCAAAAGUACCUGGAUUUGUCCAUACCACUAUUACAUUGAAUUUAGAUGAAAUUAUAAAUCAUAUUACUAAUAAAUCAUUUAAAGCAGCACAAGCUUUACUAUAA